AUGGCAACCACGGAACAGUUCUCAGCUACCCCAGCACAUCUUCUCUCCCAAUCGAAUCAGCCAGAAGUUGAGGCAGCUCCCAAGGCUAGCGACCGGUCAAGUUAUAUUCCUCGUGGUGACACCGUUGUCAUCUUGAACUACUUCACGCCUCCAGAAGAUGGCUCUGUUCCUUUCAACUAUGUCGAGGAUCCCCCGGAGGGCCAGCCCAAGCAAAAUUACGGAAUGGUCGAUAUCCAAGUUCCCGUCACAGACAUUCGUGGUCAUGAAGACGAGUACAACCUAGAUAAAGACGCUUUCAAAGUUGUUUCCAACGUUCCCGAGUCCGCAGAGAGGGAUUUUGUCGAUGAUGCCUCUAUCGAGAAAAACUAUUAUCCUGAGCUUGAGAAAUUGAUUUUAGACCACGUCCCUGGCAGCAACAGAGUGGUAUUCUUCGAUCAUACCAUCCGCCGCUCUAGCCCUGGAGCCAACCGAGGUCCAGUCACCCGAGUUCAUAUUGAUCAAACGAAGACUUCUGCCCGUCAACGAGUUUUCCGACACGCUCCUGAAGAUGCAGAAAAGCUUCUUCAGGGAAGAUACCGAAUUAUCAAUAUCUGGCGUCCUCUCAACGGUCCAGUUCAAUCAAGCCCUCUUGGGUUUGCCUCUUCUGCCACUAUGGAAGAUGAAGAUCUCAUCCCUAUUGAGCAUCGAUAUCCUGAUCGCACCGGAGAAAUCGCUGGCAUCAGAUACAAUGAGGGCCAGAAAUGGUAUUAUCUUUCUGGAAUGGAGAAUAACGAGAGCCUUUUCUUGGAAUGCUUUGAUAGCGAGGCUUUGAAGCCAAAUUCUGAGGUCAAGGGUGGAAGAGUGCCACACACGGCUUUCACCGAUCCUCGCACACCUGAAGGUGCCGUUGGAAGAGACAGCAUUGAAGUCAGAACCUUGGUUUUUGGUCCAUAA